AUGCCUGAGGUGGCAGCUGCAGUUAAAGGCAGUGCGUCCCACAAGGUGUCGAAGCAGUUGCUGACGAAAGUCACCAAGAAGUGGAGGAAAUCUCGCAAGCAGAGUUAUUCCACUUACGUGUACAGGGUGCUGACCCAGGUCCGCUCUUCCAUCAGGGUCUCGUCCAAGGUCAUGAGCGUCAUGAAUUCCUUUGUUGUUGACAUUUUCGAGCGCAUCUUCUCCAAGGCCUCGCACCUCAUUCACUACAAGUGCCACACCAUCUCGGCCAGGGAGAUCUGGAGCACCGUCCGCCACAUGCUGCCAGGGGAACUGGCCAAACACACCGCCUCCAAAGGCAUGAAAGCAGUCACCAAAUACACCGACUCCAUUUGGGUCGAUCAUUCUAAAGAUUAUAUAAAAAUAAACACCUUGCAACAUAUGUACAUGGGCCUUGGAGUCUCCAGUCAAUGA